CUCGACGAUGGCUCACCGCACCCACUAGAAGCUGGAGGCUACCUGAGCAGCUGGAGCAUCCCUGUAUUGUUUCCCACCGACCCAGCCUCAGCGGACAAUAAGUCGCAGAGCCUCAUGUUUACAGUCUGAGCAGACAUGGGAUUCGGGCGGGGGGAGACUUCUCGUCCAUCGCUGAGUUAGCUGACUGGAAGCUUUUUUUUUUUUUUUCCCCAUGUUAUUUUGUUUUUAAUUCAACACUACAUCCAAACACCAUGGCUAAGCAGUACGAUGUGCUCUUCCGACUCCUGCUUCUCGGAGAUUCUGGGGUUGGGAAAACAUGUUUGCUAUGCAGAUUCACGGACAACGAAUUUCACCCGUCUCACAUCUCCACUAUCGGAGUCGACUUCAAAAUGAAAACAUUACUAAUAGAUGGUAUCAAAGUUCGGAUACAGAUAUGGGACACUGCGGGCCAAGAAAGAUACCAAACCAUCACUAAGCAGUACUACAGACGAGCACAGGGAAUCUUCCUGGUGUACGAUAUCACGAGUGAGCGAUCCUUCCAGCACAUCAUGAAGUGGGCCAGUGAUGUGGAUGAGUACGCCCCCGACAAGGUGCAGAAGAUCCUCGUAGGGAACAAGUCAGAUGAGGUGGACAAGAGGCAGGUGGCCACCGAGCAAGGACUCAAGCUGGCCAAGGCUUAUGGAAUGGACUUCUUUGAGACAAGUGCCUUCACGAACCAUAAUAUAACAGAGACUUUCACCCGAUUGGCUGAACAGGUGCUGGCCGCCAAUAAAAAGGACCUGGAUCUCCUCCGGAUGACUAUGAACGACGAGAUUAAUCUUGCUGCUCUGGAGGAAGAGGAAGGACUCUGUGACGGCGCGGCGGGCGACCAGGGCAAAGCCUGCUGGUGUUAAAGAAAUGAGUUUAGGUUAAUUACUUGUUAUCACCAGACUCUGUGCACACACUGGGCAAACUUUGUCUCCUUUUUGUCAUUCUCAGAAAUAAAAAGGGAAACAUUUUUUCUGCAAUAUUGAA